AUGGCCUCUACAAAUGAUUCAGCGCCACUUACAGUAAGAAGAGGUCAAUUAAAAGCUACUUUAACGCGAUUUGUGACUUUUAUACAUGGGGAAGCUAUCGAUAAAUAUCAACUUAGGAUACGAAGAGAAAAGUUAGAAGAUACGUGGAAUGAAUUUCCACAGGUCCAGUCUGCCAUGGAAGACGAGGCAAAUGAAUCAUCAUUAAAUGGAGAAGCAGCUAGUAGUAUUAGAUGCAUUGAAACAACGGACGCAAACUAUGAGGCCGCUUGGACUACAUUAAUUGAACGUUAUAAUAAUAAAAAGGUGUUAGUUCAAAGACACGUCCGAAAUAUUGUCGAGUUAGAACCGUUACAAGAUAGUACUGCCAGAAGAUUACGUAUGUUAAUAGACGACUUAAAUGAUAAUAUGAAGGCUUUAGAAACUUUAGGCGAAAAACCAGGAGAUUGGGGCCCUUUACUGUUGCACAUAGUGUGUUCAAAGCUGGAUCGAGAAACGCUGAAGUCGUGGGAGAUAAAAUCAUCCAAGGAUAAAGUACCAACUGUUAAGGAAUUAACAACAUUUUUAGGCGAACGUUNUACAAUAUAUAAGUGUCCAUCUUUUAUUGCGUUAUCGGUAGCCGAGCGCAUAUCUAAAGUGAAUACAAUAGGCCUGUGUAAAAUUUGUUUACGGAAACACGACAAAAUAAAAUGUUUUGAAAAUAAUUCAAGUGAGCCAUCAUCUACUAUUUUGACCACCGCACAUGUAUCUAAUACAUUCGAUCAAAUUUUAUUAGCGACACCAUUAGUCCAAGUCAGCAAUUCCAUUGGCCAAACGUCCGUAGCAAGGGUGCUCCUUGACUCAGCAUCCAUGAAUAACUUUAUUACAGUAGAGUUAGCUAAUAGUUUACGGUUAAAAAGACAAAAAAUUAAUCAUAUUGUUUGUGGUAUAGGGCAAACGACCCAAAGUAUUUCGUCAACGGUUGAAUUAAAAAUAAAAUCGCGUAAUAGUGACUUUCAGCUAUUCACUCGAUUAUUGGUGGUGCCAAAGAUAACGGGGGAUUUGCCUAUGAAGAAAAUCGGAGAUGAUAAAAACACGCCCGCGGGAGUUACCUUAGCGGACCCAUUAUAUAAUGUGCCGCAACCAGUUGAUAUUUUAAUAGGAGCUAGCCAUUUUUUCAAUUUAAUCGGUAAAAAACAGUUUAAAAUUGCAGAUAAGGGACUUAUUUACCAAGAAACUGAGUUUGGUUUUAUUGUAUCGGUUGCCAUAUCUAGUACUAACAUGCCUAGUAAAUCGACAUCAUAUGUUGUUUCUAUAGAGGAUUCAAUAGAUGAUGGAGUUUUAGAAAAUUUAAUACAGCAGUUUUGGCGCACCGAAGAAUGUAAUCUUGCGGUUCCGUACACGGCUGAAAAAAAGGCGUGUAAAAAAAUAUUUGAAAAAACGGUAAUUAGAGAUGUCACGGGACGUUUUAUUGUACACCUGCCGUUCAAGGAAAAUGUAAACCAGUUGGGUGAAUCUUAUGAAAUUGCAAAAAGAAGAUUACUGUCCACGGAAAAAAGAUUUCGUAGGGAUCCAGGACUAAAACGAUGA